GCCGGAAGUUGGGGGCGGUACCGCCGGCGUGGGUCAGGUGACGCUGUGAGGAGGCCGCGGCGGCGCCGCUCGCGUUACCGACAUGGGCUGUUGUUACAGCAGCGAGGGCGGCGGCAGCGAGCAGGACCGUGAGGAAGGAAAGCCACUGCUAAUCCCAGUGAGCAACCCGCCAAGUAAAUCAUCGGGGGCAGCUGACCACACCUACUCCAGUAUUCCUUCAUCCCGGUUUCCGGAUGAGCAAGCUCUACUGAACACUAUCCUCACCAAAACAGCUCAUAACAUCAUCGACGUGUCGGCUGCAGAUUCGCAGGGCAUGGAGCAGCACGAGUACAUGGAUCGAGCGCGUCAGUACAGUACGAGGUUAGCGAUGAUCAGUGGUUCGACACAGUGCAAACGAGCGACCUCCCUGCCUGCGUUGACCAGCCAGCCGCACCAGGUGUUGGCAAGUGACCCUGUGCCCUAUUCAGACAUUCAGCAGGUCUCUAAAAUCGCUGCUUAUGCAUCAAGUGCACUUUCCCAAAUCAAAGUGGACGCCAAGGAGCUGGUGGUGCAGUUUGCCAUCCCGUGAUUCCCCCUCCGGAUCCCAUCUGCCGAAGACUUUAACAUUGGGACUAACUAUCCACAGAUGUAGACCUUCCGUGCCAGCGUCAGGCCCACACAUCACACCUUUUUUAAUUAAGCUUCUUCACCUGAUUUUUGAACUCUGUAUAUCUCCAUCCUUUUGUUUUUGAGUAAGAGCUUUAAGUGGUUUAUGACACUGGCAGACUUUAUGAAACACUUCACAGCUUUUAUAUAGCUGUCCGGCUUUGUUUUCUUCCGCUGUUCAGUGACCAAUGGAGUGUCUGUUCACCCUGAGGAGCAGCAGACACUUCAGACAGAAUUAACCUUUCAUUAGUCCUUGUGACAGGUCUUUCUGUCUUGAGGUAUCAGUGUCAUAAUUUCCCUGCUGAUUUCUGUUUUGCUUUUUUGAAUUCUAACAAUGGCUGUUUCUGAAGAUUUGAGAGGUGUCAAUUGUGAAUAGUUUGGAGUCAAUUGUUUUUUUUUUGCCCUUGCCUCUGGUGUGAGGGGAGGGGAGGUGGGGUGGGGGGAGAAGGGUUGCAUGAGCAUUGCCAUAGGUUACUGGUACGCUGGUGCAGAGUUGCUUUGAUUUACCUUGUCACCACCUCUCCUUGUGUGCUUUUCUGUAUGUGUGUGCAUGCAAGCCCGUGUGUGUUUGAGGAGGAUUUGCCAGGCUCCUCCUCUGUGAUGCAAGUUUCCUCUGCUCUGUGUGGGGUAAGUUCAGUCAGGUUGUGAGUUUUACCUUGGCUCAGGGGUGCAUGUUUGUAGAUGGUAAGUGAAGGUGAGAAAUCUGCUGUGAAUUGAAAUCUGAAUCCCUCACACAGGAUUGUAUCAAGACAGUGUCAAUUAACAGCAGGGCUUUCCACAGCUGAAUGCACUGCUGUAAUAUUUAGUACUGGUAUGAUCACUGCCCCCACAUUGUGCAGGUAACGAGCUCUGUACUGACACCUUUCCGAGCCGUCAAAGGGCAAUUGGAAGCUGAACUCGGACCUUUUCAGUAGUUCAAAUAGUCACUUGGUUCAGUCAGUCCGUGCUGAAGUCCUGGUGGUUAUAACCACAGACACACUGAUGUAAAAAGCUGUCUGAGAAAGUUACCGCAGUCUCUGCCCACCUGUUCUGUAACCAAUAAUGGGGUCCAAAGCUGGAGCUGCAUCGAAAGAGCAGAAAUUGUAGGACGGUCUCUAGUUGCUUCAAAAUAUCCUUGUGAAAUAGUUUUUAUCGACCCCCAUUACACAUUUGAUGGCUCAGUAAUCAACUUCCCUCUUCAGUUCUACCAGCAAUUAUGUGUCGUUUUAAUGUAAUUUCUUUUAACUUUUGUUUGACUGUUGACUGGACUGAGGCUGCAAUCCAGUGACUGGGUUCUGUCUGAGGAAUGAUGGACUGUUUUUGUUAAUUGACUGGGCCCUUUGUGUGUAACUUUACUCCAGUUUGGGAUUGGAGAGGUUAAAGUGCGGUGUUGGCUUGGGGGUGUGGGCAGCACAGAUAAUUGAAACGAAUGCCUGUUUCUCAGCCCCGAUUCCUAAGACAUCUGCGAUGUUGAAUAUAAUUAUGUGGGUCUUCACUUUCUCACCUUUCACAGCUGAUCACUGUUAUUGAUGUUUAAUUUUUAAUUGCUUUCCGCUUCCCCUCGAAUCUCCACAGUCUGUCUUCAAACCAAAUACUUUAAUCUGCCGUUGAUGUGGGAUCCAAUUACAAACAGUUUGAGAGACGCUUGUUCCCUGGGAAGGAGUGUGAAGUUUGACUUGCACUUUUGCUUCACAAACGUUAGUGACGUUUCAUAUUCCAGGGUUGUGGGGUGAGGGAAGUUGUGAAAUUUGACCGUCAAGCUGGACACUUGCCAGUCAGUGGAGUGACCAAUCACCUUCCCCUCUGCUGUGUAGCACGUUGCUCGGUCAAUUUAACUCUGCCUCAACAUGAGUGCUUCCUGAUGACUGGAGUACAGUUGUCAGCUCUCUCCCUACUGGGGUCGUGGGGUAAGGAUCACAGGUCCUUGCCCAAAAAUCACCCCGAAUCAGUCAGAAAAUGGACCCACAGAAGUAGCCUGUUUCCAAUGUUCAAUCAGAUUUGCCUGUUUAUUUUCUUGCCCCCCCCCCCCCCCCCCCGGGUAGGUGGGAAAACUUUGUAUUUUUUUUGUAGUUUUUGUCUCCCUUCUCCAGUAUUUUAAUUUAAACCGUGUGGGUAAUGUCAGUGCAGAACACAGCAGCUCGUGCUUUGAACAGCUUUGCUGUUUUGACCAAUUUCAUAGUGGUGUGAUGAUUCUUUUUUUUAACCAAAUAAAAUCAGAUUUGACUGAGCUGAUCUGAGCCCCUGUGGCUUGUUACUUCUAGCACCUGCCUCUCACUUUAAGUAUUGGCAUCCGUCGAGUCAUUGUUGGAUCAGUCGGCAACACUUCCCCUCCCUCUCCCCCCCCCCCCCCCCACCCCCCCCCCCCCCCCCCCCCAGGUCAGAGGUUCAACCCCCACUCCAGGGACUUGAGCGCAUGUUUUCGACUGGCAGCUCUGGUGCAGUACUGAAGGAGCUCGGCACUGUUUGGACGUUUUGUCUUUUGGAUUGAGAUGGUGAAUUAGGAGUCUCUGUUCCCGGAUGAAUGUUUGAAUGUUUUUUUUAAAAAAAACUUUCAGCACUACUUGAACGUAGAGAGCAGCGUUCCCUCGGUGUUGUGGCCCAUAUUUAUCCAUCAAUAACAUUAAAGGGAGAUCUGGUUAUUAUAGUGUUUGUGGGGUCUGACUGUGCACAAAACACAUUCUUUACAGCAGUGACUGUGCUUGAGGCAGUUAAACUGGCUGUAAAAUGGUUUGGGAUGUUCUGAAGUCCAGCUAAUCACCAGUCGAUUUCCUCCACUGCAUCUGCUCAAGUCUCUGCUGAAUUUGCAUUCAGAGGUGUGGAGACUUCGACAUCUGUCCCUUGAGGCUCAGAGGGCAGAGUCUCCUGUUUAUGACCAGUGACUCUCCUUUGCUGUGUCUCUGGAAUGGGACUGAUUUGGGAAUGGCUGUCAUGCAUUUCACAGUCGUAUAACAAGGUGACAAUCGCUUUUGCACACUAGGCGGACACUCAGCACAACGCCAGGUGGUGAGGACUUCUGCCACCUUGUUGGGGGGUGGGGAGGUGGUGGCAGAUGUUGCAACAUUCAUUUCAGUUAAUUGGUACAAUUUGGAAUCAUAAGUUGAGAAAGAUGUGCUGAAUUCAACCUGGUCUGGAUUAAAAAAUAAACUUCAAAAACGCA